UCAGAGGGAAUCACAACACUUGACUCAUCUGAGUGUCACUGCUCUUCUCCGCUAUAUAGACUCACUGACUCAGAGAGACAAGCUCAAACAGACAGCGAAGAGUUGAAAUUAAAGGAACCUAUUCCGGCUGACUUGGACUGGAGACAUGACCAAAGAGACUGAGACUCUGGGACUGGUCUUUCAGAGCGAGAACUUCAACUAUAACCGUUACAAUAACCACGUCAUGGACUCCUGGUCCUACCUGGAGAGCCCUGUCCACGAGCAGAACCACUCCAAACCCAGACUCCACCCAGGAGACGACCUGGCAGCCUUAACCAUGCUUUAUGAACAGUGCAAGAGCAACAAAGAUCAGAAGAUUAACUGCAACCGCGGUGGCAACAUCUGCAAAACAGAGAGGACUCUUACCAACACCAAUGAGCUUACUUCAUUGGAGGCGUCCGCCAAUGUCAUGAAGAUCCUCUCCGAGAACGUUCCGUUAGGCCAUCCUCAUGAGCUUUUGGGAUCCAAACAGAACGCCUGCCUGCCCAUCUCCAUUCCCACCACCUCAGACACCUACGCCACGCUGACCAGCGUGGUGGCAGAUACUUACGACAAGCAGGAGCUCAACAUCAUCUUUGAUUCCCUGCUCACCGGUGCUUUCCCCGACCCCAGCGCUGAGACUCUUCCCUACAGCGAUCCCUUCCCCGAAGACCAGUCCAGCCCGGUCUACUCGGGAUCCUACACCAACUCGCCACCGGAGAGAUUCAGGAGUGAGUUCCAGUUUGCCCUGGGAGCUCCUCUGGCUUCUUCUUACAAGUCCAGCGAGCUGCCCAUGGUCUACUUGAACAAGGGCCAGUUCUACCCCAUCACCCUACAGGGAGUGGACAGCAGCGCCUGCCUCACCGCCACUAGAGUCAAGACGGUCGUGAUGGCUGUGUUUGAGAAUGACAAGAGCCCAGAAAUGCAGCUCCGCUUUUGGAAUCACUGGCACGCACGUCAGCCAACCGCCAAGCAGAGGGUCAUUGACAUCGCGGACUACAAGGAAGUGUUCAGCGGCAUUAGCAACAUCGAGGAGGUGGCCUUCAAUGCUCUCUCCUUUGUGUGGAACCCCAAUGAAGAGGCCAAGGUGUACAUUGGCAUCAACUCCCUGAGCACAGACUUCUCGGCUCAGAAGGGAGUGAAAGGCCUGCCUCUGAACCUGCAGAUUGACACGUACGACUUCAGCUCGGGAACCAACCAGCUCUUGAACAGGGCCGCUUGCCAAGUCAAGAUUUUCUGCGAUAAGGGUGCAGAGAGGAAGAUGCGCGAUGAGGAGAGGAAGAGGACCAAAAGGAGGGUAAAGCCCGACGCUAACGGCAAGUCUUUAGUGAGCAGCUCAAUGGGCAGCGACUGCACCUUCUUCCAAACCCUGGACGACCAUGUCACCCAGCCGGUUCUCUUUAUCCCAGAAGCACACCUCUGCAGCUUACAGCGCAUGGCUACUCCCAAUGACGAUGUCGAAAGGAGUGCUAUGAAGAGAUUGUAUCCAGACAGAGACCAGAACAGCUCUCCACCCAGCAAGCAAGCCCGCAGAGUAGACCCACAAAGAGUUCUGCUGUACGUGAGGACGUGCGCCGAAGAGGUGUUUGAUGCCCUCAUGCUCAGCGCGCCAACAGUGUCAGGCCUACGAGAAGCUGUUUCAGAAAAGUACGGUAUGCAAAUAGACGCCAUUGGGAAAAUCUACAAAAAAUGCAAGAGAGGGAUUUUCGUCAAUAUGGACGACAACAUCAUCGAACACUACACCAACCAGUCGGCCUUCCUCAUUGAGAUGUCCGAGGGCAUCGGCGGUCAGUUCCAGGUCACCCUCAUCGAAGUAUGAGAGCCGCUGAAGGAUGUAACGACUCACAGCUGCCAGUUGAAACCACCUCUAAUAGCACUGCUCAGGCAAAGACAAUGUAAGCUGUGGAAAAACCAAUAAGGGAACUGGGCUGAAGAGACCUCUCCAGUUUUUCCAAUUUCAGUUGAAAACCGUUUCUCCAUGUUGUAAAUACCACUCCGCCCCAUGAGUUUUUGUUAUAUGAAUUGUAACGUAAGAGCAAUUAUGAUGAACAUCCUGUAAAUAUAUAAUGUAAAUAGAUUUUAAUAUGACAGUGUUUUUCAAACUAUCUAUGUGCGUGUCGCGAUCCAUUUUCCACAAAUUGCUAUGUAUUUCAAUGUUUUUUUUACAGAGCCCUGUGCAUGAUGUGUUUAGUAUAUUCAGCAUUUUUCAGAGGUUGCUAUUCUUGCUGCUUUUAAUGUAUCCAUCAUUUCUUCUACAAGAGACAAUGGUGCGUUUCCUCACCCACAACCUGCUAAUGGUGUUUUAUUUUCACUGCCACAAGUAUCUUCCUGAAGGUUCCUGUUAGUUUCACGACCAAAAUGGCCCCGACGCUGGGUUUAAUUCAGAACCUAAUGUCAGACAUUUCCACCAGUAAAAACCACACAAUAGUUAGUACUGGCCACCAUUCAGUCCCAAGUUGUGGACAUUUUCUGCCUGUUUUGGUGUAACCACAGAGUUUCCCUGGAAACACUUCAAACCCCCCCGAGGCCUGCGAGAGGACUUUCACAGUAUGCGUGUGUAUGUGUGUGUGUUUUCCCUUUAUACGUUAUGCAUCAUUUCAAAACGAGCAUGUAUCCCUGUAAUAUUUCAUUAUUAUAUCACGGCAAUUCUGGUUGUAUUAGUCACAUCUUGCCUCUUUUGUAAGAAAAUAAAGAAAAAUGCAUAAUAA